AUGAAUGCACCAAUAACAUUCGAAGCUGAGGAUAUUGAGGAAGAUAUGGAGGACCACAAUGAUACUUUAGUUCUUACAUUACCAGUUGCAGGAUGCAACAUCAAUAAGGUUCUAAUUGACGGAGGGAGCUCAGUCAACGUCUUAUUUUAUGAUACGUUCAAACGGAUGGAACUGAAUGAUGAGCAACUGAUGUCUUCCUACUAUACCAUCUACGGAUUCAACGGCGCACCAAUGAAGCCCCUAGGAGACAUCGUGUUGGAAGUUAUGGUAGGCCCAAUGAAAGUCGAUACCCGAUUCAGCGUGGUAGAUUCUCCUUCUCCCUACAAUGCCGUCAUUGGCCGACGAUGGGUGCACAAACUCAAAGGGGUGGUAGCGACAUAUCACCAGUACCUUAGAUUCCCAACACCCAAAGGUGUAAUGGAAAUUAAGGGAGAUCCGGUCACUGCCCGCGAGUGCCAGGCCAUACAGAAUAACUCAAUAAUGAGCAAGAUGAACAACGAAAGUCCCGAAGAAGCAGAAACAAAGCAGCCGCCAAGGACAAGGCGAUCGACCAGUACCUUGAGGAAACCUCUGGAAAAAUUCUAA